AUGCCCCAAUAUUUUCAACUUUCUUUUGGAAACAGAGCUACUGUAAUCAUAGAUUGUUUUGAGGUGCUUACCAACAGACCAUCAAACCUCUAUAAUCGAGCACAAACUUAUUCUUCUUACAAAAGUCAAAGAACUGUUAAAAUUCUUAUUCGGAUCACUCCUCAAGGAAGCAUAUCCUUUGUGUCUCAAGCUUGGGGAGGGAGAACCCCUGAUAAACAUCUCACAGAUAACUGUGGGAUACUAAAUAAACUUAUAACAGGAGAUUUAGUCAUGGCAGAUCGUGGGUUCACUAUCCAUGAAAGUGUUUUAAUGCAAAGAGCAGAGUUAGUGAUCUCUGCUUUUACUAAAGGUAGGGAUCAGCUAGAUCCAAUAGACGUCGAAAAAACAAGGGGUAUAGCGAACGUGCGAAUUCAUGUUCAACGUGUAAUUGGACUCCUUCAGCGAAAGUACACUAUCCUCUCAAGCAUUCUUCCAAUAGAGUUCUUGGCAUGUGAUAAAAGAAAUGAAGAGAAUGCCAAGCCAAUGAUAGACAGAAUUAUUACCGUUAAUUCUGCUCUAACAAAUUUGAGCCCAGGCAUUGUACCACUUGAUUGA